UCCCGCUUCGAGCGCGCGCGGCGGAUUCAGUUGCUCUCGCGCUGCUUGCUGCACGGACGCCGGCUCCAAACGCGCGUCCAGAAACCGGAGUAAAUACUGCUUUUAUCUACUUUUAUUGGAUGUUAAGUGAAGACCAAUGUCUCCGUGGACUCGGUUGGUCAGCUCAUCCUGAUAGUUCCGAGAAAUGUCCGUUUAUACACGGCGCCACAGACAGACUCCAGCGGACUGAAGCCCUCAUCGUCUCACCAUGACCUUCUUCAGCUCUUUAUUUGCCCUCCUCUUCAUCAGCAGGUUUCUGGAGAACUCUCUGCUCAGCGCCGAGGUGAAAGACGGAGAGAUUCUUCCUCCGACCAUCCAGAAGCUGAUGAAAGGAUACAACAAAUACCUCCGGCCUUUCUUUGACAAUGGUCCAGUCACAGUGGGCAUGAGUUUAGACAUCGCCAGCAUUGAUACGAUAUCAGAGAUCAACAUGGAUUACACGGCCACGAUCUUCCUCCGUCAGCGCUGGACAGACGAGCGGCUGGUGUUUGAUGGGAAUAAGAGCUUGAGUCUGGACGGGCGACUGGUGGAGUUGCUGUGGGUCCCAGACACCUUCAUAGUGGACUCCAAGAAGUCCUUCCUUCACGACAUCACUGUGGAGAACCGACUGAUUCGGAUCUUUCCCAACGGGACGGUUCUCUAUGCGCUCCGGAUCACCACGACUGUGGCCUGUAACAUGGAUCUGACCAAAUAUCCCAUGGACAAACAGACGUGCACCCUACAACUGGAGAGCUGGGGUUAUAACGUCAAUGACGUGAUGUUUUACUGGGCGCGUGGGAACGACUCUGUGAGCGGUUUGGACACGCUGAGACUGGCUCAGUACACCAUAGAGGAUCAUUACACCUCAGAAUCUGAGGCCGUCUAUGAGACCGGAAAUUAUCCCAAGCUGAUCUUUCAUUUCGAGCUGAAGAGGAGCAUCCUGUACUUCAUCCUGGAGACGUAUGUGCCAUCCAGUCUGCUGGUGGUGCUGUCCUGGGUCUCUUUCUGGAUCAGCCAAUCAUCCGUCCCCGCUCGCAUCUGCAUAGGCGUGACGACUGUCCUGACGAUGACCACACUAAUGAUGGGUGCACGGACGUCUCUGCCCAACGCCAACUGCUUCAUCAAGGCCAUCGACGUGUACCUGGGCAUCUGCUUCAGCUUCAUCUUUGGAGCGCUGAUAGAGUACGCUGUGGCCCACUUCUGCACGCUUCAUCACCCAGACUGCAACAGCGCACUAAUGUACGGUCAUCACAUGCACGAGGGUGAGGAGGAGAUGAAUGGCAUCGUCACCACCAUCGCCAGCAAUUCUUUACGGCUAAAGCGGCGCAAAGAAUCUCCGGCACCCACACCCCCCGCCGGCGGAGAGCCUGACCUCGCACCCUCCAGCCCGACCCCCAGCGAACCCAAGACUGCUGAGGCCCCAGCAGAGCUCUUUAGCCGCUGUGCCAAAAACAUCUCCGUCAUGAGGAAGAUCCUGAAAUCCAUUAACUGCUGUCAUGUGGAAAACCCACAUUAUAUAGACAACUACUCAAGGUUAACCUUCCCGCUGUCUUUCGUCAUCGUUAAUCUGCUCUACUGGACCUACUACCUGUACUUUUAACCAGCACAUCAUGUUGAAUCAUUUCUGUGUGUUAGCAAGUAUGAUAUUGUCUGCGUGUGUCUCUGGAAGACCAGUAGAGACUCAACAGAGAAGGGGAAUUAUAAGGGUUGAACCGAUAUCAAAUCUUUCAGCCAAUAACUGUAGCUGAUAUUUGAUAUUUGCCGAUACUGAGAGGGAUCAUUCAAAAUAAUAUCUGCCGAUACCAAUAGUGAUUAUUAAAAAAUAUAUAUCUGCCAGU